UUCAUUCUGCCGGAAGUACGUUGUGUGUGGUGGAAGGCGACGAGGCGGAAGUGCCGUUUGGAGGGGAGCGAUGGGUUGCGACGGGGGGACCAUCCCCAAGAGACACGAAUUAGUGAAAGGGCCUCGAAAGGUCGAGAAGGUUGACAAAAAUGCAGAAUUAAUAGCUCAGUGGUACUACUGCACACUCAGUCAAGAACAGUUAAGGAGACCAAUUGUAGCCUGUGAGCUCGGCAGGCUGUAUAACAAAGAUGCCAUUAUUGAAUUUUUACUGGACAAGUCAUCUGAUAAAUCCCCUGUGCAGGCUGCAUCAUAUAUCAAGAGCAUUAAGAAUGUAACAGAGCUGAACCUUGCAGAUAAUCCAGCUUGGAAUGGUGAUAAAGGGAAUACGAAAGGUGAUAAAUAUGAUGACAUCCAGUGUGCACGCUUUAUUUGCCCUGUGGUGGGCUUGGAAAUGAAUGGAAGGCAUCGGUUUUGUUUUUUGCGGAAUUGUGGGUGUGUGUUCUCUGAACGUGCUCUUAAAGAAAUUAAAACAGAAGUUUGUCACAGGUGUGGUGUUCCCUUUCAAGAGGAAGAUGUGAUUAUACUUAAUGGUAAUAAAGAAGAUGUUGAAGUGCUGAAGAAACGAAUGGAGAAUAGAAGACUUAAGAGUAAAGUGGGAAAGAAAUCAAAGAAAUGUAAAUCAGCAGAAUUGGUCUCUCAACAAGACAUCACUGAAGAUUCUCCAGGACCAUCAGAAGUAAAGACUGCAAAAGGUGACAUGAACACUAAUUUUGGAGAAAGGAAACAGAUUGUCUUUACAAAGAGUACAGCUAAUGGAAGUUCUUCAACAUCAGGAAAAGUCAGUAAAGUGUUAGCUGGCACCACCAAGAGAUCCAUUGCCGACCGUGAGGAGAAAUCAGAGGCGUACAAGUCUAUUUUUACGUCACACAGCUCAGCAAAGCGCUCAAAGGAAGAGUCUUCCAAUUGGAUUACUCACACAGCAUACUAUUUCUGAAACAAUACUUUGCAUAAUUGUAACAGUCAUUGCUGCUUUUCUUCCCUGAGGCUUUUUCUGUAUAACUCUGAUGCAGGAGUUUCAUUGUAUUCUGAAGCUAUCUGGAAUUACUCACUUUGCAAGUUGUUUAUAAACUUCUGAAUAACCAGUGUACUUCUCUUUGUAUUAAUUAAGACACUGCUUAGUAACAAUAAAAAAACUCCACAAUAUUUUCUUUCUUACGUUAACUAAUUUGGCUGUAGUCAAAACCAGUACACUUCUCUCUCAAAGGUGCUGGUGAUUACUUUGUUGGGUGUCAGGGUGGAAUCAUUUGGAAAGCUUGGUGCCAUCUCAGAAAUAAAGUAAAAACUUUUACAAUAGUCUCAUCUUCCAUUUAAAAAGAGAAUGUCAAUGGGGAACAUGUUUUGUUGUUUACUGUAAAAAAAAAAAAAAAAAAAAAAAAAA